AUGAAGAGAAGAGUGCAGAAGCUGCAGUUGUCUCACAUGAGCCGACAGAAGGGUUACAUAUGGAACUUUGAAACGCAACAAUGGGAUGUGGACCCGAAUUACGACCCCGCCCAAGCAGCUGCUUAUCACGCUGGAUACGAUCAAGAGAAUUACCAGUAUGACUACAGUGGUGCCGCUCCAGCCGACGGCUACGCCUAUUCAAGUACCUAUGGAACAACCUACGCUUACGAUCAGAACGAUGAGUACACGACUGCAAGUUAUCAACAGCCUGCUAAUGGAGCUUACGACCAGUCUGCCCAACAAUAUUACGGUCAAACCGCAGGUUACGAUCAACAGACGGGGUAUGACCAACAGGCCAACUAUCAGUACGAUCAGACGGCUUCAUACGCUGGCUACGAUCAAACUGCAGGCGGCUACCCACAGAACGCUAGCGGUUACAAUCAGGCUGCAGCUGGUUAUGAUCAAACUGCAACCGCUUACGGACAAGCUGGUAGUGGUUAUGAUCAAACAGCUACACCUUACGGCCAGACCACAGCUGGUUACGAUCAAACUGCAAGUGCUUAUGGCACACAGCAAUACUACGAUACCAAUGCAACCGUACAAGUGGAUACCCCAUAUCAGAAUGGCUCAUACUAUCAAGCACAUGCUGGAUAUGAUCAAACAACAGAAGAAUAUAGUGAACCACAUAUUGGGUUACAGGAUUAUAGUCCUAGUCCACAACCUAGUGAAUACGCUGUAACUCCUCAAAUACCGGAAAGUGCUGAGCAGCAAUAUCCAACCGCAGCUUACGACUACUCACAAUAUUCCCAGAACUAUGCCACUGAGUAUCCAGGAUAUCAACAAGGUCAGGAAGUGCAGGCAAAUGAUUACCAAACAAACAACUACGCAAGUUCCAAUGCAGCUGCACCACAGUCCUAUCCAACCGCAGAGCAUCCUUACCCACCACUUCCACCAGAACGGCCACCUCCUGCUCCAGUUUUUACCAAGCCACUCUUCCAA